AUGCCAUCCAAACUGAGUGGGCUGAUCCCGGUCAGUAAAACUGAGAAAAAAACCAGCAUCAAAUUUCAACUCCGAGAAACGAAGCUAACAUACCAUGCCCAUAUCUACGGGGAAGUCGGAGGCCACAGGAAAGCUUUUGAUGACAAUAUUGAAAUAAAGGUGACAGAACUUCACCAGCUACACAUAUCUGCCGCAAUACCAACAGAGGGAGAUUUUGGUUUGUCAAUACAUCAAGUGACUAGAAGCAGUCAACAGGAGAGAAAUAUUUGCAACUAUCUCUUGUCAACAUUCGCUUACAAAAUGGUCAAGGCAGACGUAAAAAAUGCUAAAAAGAAAUUAGACGACUGCAUUUCUGAGAAUGUUGAGCCAAGACAAUGGAAGAAACAAAUAGGCGAUACAGAAAACUGUUUAGACAAAUGUCUGAAGCUUAAAAUACCUUCAAAUGAUGAAGACAUUAUGGCUGCAAAGACUGUUCUAGAAUUUCUUAGAUGUAAAGACAAACUUCGAGAUUGUAAACUUAGAAGACACUUGGGGGUAACAAGAAAAACCUUAGAUCUUGUCAGUGGCUAUAGAAACAAAAAUGCUCUUACAAAGGAGAUUGAAACUGUCAGAAAAUUGGAAGAAGAACUGACUGCACUUAGAGGCUUUGCAAGGCAAGUUCCUGAAUUGGAAGAAGCUCACAGAGAUGUGCUGGCUUUGCAUCAUCCACCUGUGGAAGUAGAGGACGUGUUUAAAUCCUUGCUUGUGCUGUUGGGGGAAUCCGAUGUCGCCGAUUUGGAAUGGGCUUCAGUUCAAAGCUGUCUUAAAGUACAAACGGAAAAGGAAUCUGUGCUGAACAAAAUGAAAACGAUACAAAAGGAGGAAAUAAACAAACAAAAGAAACAAAGAGUAAUGAAGAUCCUUGGAAAAUAUGAUGGCAACCACAACCACAUUAGAGAAGUCAGCAGUGAUGCAUAUAUGUGUGGAUACUAAAUGUCAUUAAAGUACAAGGGACAAACCUGUAACUGUCAAGUGUUUGAAAUGUAUUCUACUUGAUUUUGUAGAAAUAUGCACAUAGAAAUGCCGCAUUUCAAGAAGAGUCGAAUGUUUCAGUACUAUGCGUACUAAGGCAUGAAAAGUUUGUGUUGUUAAAAAUCAGUAUUUGGUCUGUUGCAUUGUAAUUGCAUAUACUUCAAUUAUGUUAUGUAUGAAGGUUAACGGAAUUUUCCUUAAUACGGACCUUAUAAUAUGAACAAAUCUUUCAAAAUAUGAUACAAAUGAUGCAUGACGAAGCGGGUAGGAAAGUAUUCCUAAUAUCAAAUUCUAACACGACCAGCGAAUAACCUACAUACAUGUAGAGCAAAAUCUAUCUCGGGUUAUUCUGCAAUAAACCACUCGCGUGCAAUGACGUCAUCCAAUCCAGGUGCGUAG